AUGGCGGUUCCUUUCGGAAUGAACCAAAACAAACGUGGCGUGCUUGCUCGUUUGAAGACUCUUGUCAAAUCUCAGUCUCAGAACUUUCACUCUCCUGCUCCCAAACCCACCAAACAACCAAUGCAAGUUAUACCGUCUCCAGUAAAAGACUCGGACUACUCUAUUUGCCGAGAUCGCAUAUGCAUCUCAAAAUGGAAGGCUUUGGAUGCAGAAGAGCUUGGUGUAACAAGUUCUAUGAUUUCACAGUCAUCUAUGUUUAUCCUGAAACUUCUUCGGAGCAAAGGAUUUGAGUCCUACUUAGUAGGUGGGUGUGUCAGAGAUCUACUACUAAAUAGAACUCCAAAAGAUUUUGAUGUUAUCACCACCGCAAAGCUUAUGGAGGUGAGAAAGCACUUCUGUCGUUUAGCUCAUGCUGAAGUUGUUGGACGUCGUUUUCCCGUAUGCUUGGUUCAUAUAAAAGGUUCCGUAGUCGAGGUAACUAGUUUUGAGACAGUGGCGCGAACUACCCAAGGGAAGGAACUUUUAAACUCUCUGUUGCCCAAAUGCAGUAAUAAAAAAGACUUAUUUCGCUGCAAAAACUCCUUGCGCAGGGACUUUACAAUUAAUAGGUAA